AUGAUCACAGAUAGGGGCCACUUCCAUGUUUCGCAAGACUUGAGCAUUGAUAUUAUGUAUCCGUAUAUAAAACCAAUGAUCGCGCCAGGCAUUGAUAUUGCCAUUGAAAGAGUGCAAAAUGAUCGCAGUCUACUUACUGGUGCCAACAUUUCCGUGACGUACGUCGACUCUGCGUGCUCGAACCAUGUUUCUAUGAUCAGAGCUGUGGAACUCAUGGGGAAUAUCAAAGGACUCGGUGUUGAGGCAUUUGUUGGCCCUGCGUGUGAGUACGCCGCUGCGCCUGUUGUAAGGUUUGCCUCAUAUUGGCAAAUCCCGCUUCUGACGACGGGUGCUAAAGCUCAAACUUUCGGACACAAAACGGAAAAAGAGUAUGAAAUGAUCACUAGAACCCACCCCCCUCAUAUUAAAAUGGCGGAGGCGUUUGUAGAGAUACUUCAGAAUUUCAAUUGGCAACGUAUAGCUGUGCUCCACCAGGACGACGGUGGACGACCGUUCCGCGACUGUUGGUUUUUCAACGCUGCAUUACAAGCUGCCAUGGUAACAGCGGGCAUCAAGUACCCAGACGAGAAGCGUUACGAAACAUUCAAUGAGUACUCCCUCGGCGAUGCGGAUCAUGAUUAUUCUGAGUUGCUGAAAAAGAUUGUCAUACCCCAGGCUCGAG